CAGGCGCGUGCACAGCACGGGAGGUCCGGGAGUGGAGAGCCCGACCGCAGCGCACUCCAGUCGGCUCUCAGGGAGCGGAGGAAGACGGUGGGACGGACGGAGGAGACGGACUCACAAACCACGAGACCAGAUGGCGCUGGCCAGAGACCCGGCGGCGGAGCAGAGGGACGCGGCCGACCAAAACUUUGACUACAUGUUCAAGCUGCUGAUCAUCGGCAACAGCAGCGUGGGGAAGACCUCGUUCCUGUUCCGCUUCGCCGACGACUCCUUCACCUCGGCCUUCGUCAGCACGGUGGGCAUCGACUUCAAGGUCAAGACCAUCUACAGGAGCGACAAGCGGGUCAAGCUCCAGAUCUGGGACACGGCGGGGCAGGAGCGCUACCGGACCAUCACCACGGCGUACUACAGGGGGGCCAUGGGAUUCCUGCUGAUGUACGACAUCACCAGCCAGGAGUCCUUCUGCGCCGUGCAGGACUGGGCAACCCAGAUCAAGACGUACUCGUGGGGCAACGCUCAAGUAGUGCUGGUCGGCAACAAGCUGGAUUUAGAAGAAGACCGGCAGGUCCCCACUGAAGACGCCCAAAGACUGGCUACAGAGCUCGGCUUCCAGUUCUUCGAGGCCAGCGCCAAAGACAACAUCAACGUGAAGCAGGUGUUUGACAAGCUGGUGGACGUCAUCUGCGAGAGGAUGAACGAGAGCGUGAGCGGCGACGUCACCCCGUCGGCCAAUCACAAGGAGGCCGGCCUGAAGGAGCCGCAGCCCCGCAGCGGCCCGGCAGGCUGCGCGUGUUGAAAGUUAAUAGAGUUGUCCCGAAGUCAUCACGCAGAUGUACUGCAACCCUUUAUGGGACGCUUCUUUACAUUUUUUUGAUCUUUUCACAACUGGCUGAAUGUGACUGUUUACUCCGAGGUGCCAAAGAGUCGCACUGAGCAGCUGUGCCUUUUUUUUCUUUCGUAGCACGUCACCGCUGCUUCGUUACUUGUUGAUUAGUGGCUGAGCGGCACCUGUUGCAGGUGGAUGCGCCUGAAUGGCCGGAGUCGUCGCGUGGGAGGUGUCUGUGGUUUGGUGUCAUGUCGCCCCCUUGUGGCUGUUGCAUGGAAAUGCAUCACACCGCUGUGUGUCCGGGGUACUUCCAGCCUGCUGAGGAAGAAGGAAGUUCAAACAUCAAGGGGGUGGUUUCAGUCUUGUUAUUAGCGUGAUGGAGGAAAAUCGUCUUUUUAAUUUACAUAUUUUUCUUAUUGCAGGCUUUUACUGGUUAAUGCUUAUUCAAUAUUUCCGUUGCCAGGUUUAUUGUGUCGCUCUAUGUGGGGAUUAAAAUGUGUGGAUGCAUAAAAGAUGACUGUUGGUUUUCAUUUGCACAAAGUUUAUUAUGUUAAUGUUAUCUUUCUAAAUAUAUAAUGUUGAGUUCUUAAUAGUAACAAUAGCUCUCUAGAAGUUUCUAAGAAAUGAUUCACUUUAACAUGGAGUCAAACAUUUAUACCAAGUUACAAGUUAAUUAUUCCUCAAGUUUUUAUGUAAUUGAUAUUGAUCCAUUUAUUUGUGCUUUUGAGCUUUGUUGGUUUUAAGUAAUCGUUCAUGAGCAUCAAUAUUAUAUAUUUCAAAGUUUGCUGGGAAACUUUCUGUUCUAUUUUGAAAAGGACUUUGUUCACAAGGAAAAGUUGGUGAAGUCUAGGACAUGAACUCUACCCCCCCC